AUGUUAGAUACCAUCGAGCAUUUUCCAUACUUCCGAACCGCUCCAUCAGGCUGGAAAAAUUCCGUUCGACAUAACCUUUCCCUGAAUAAAUGCUUCUGUAAAGUUGAGGUUGACGAAGACAUCUCGAUGGCUCAACAGACUCGUAAGUCAUGUCUUUGGAUGAUAAACCCUGAGAGGCUGGAGAAAGUGGAGCAGGACAUCAGAAAAUGGCGUGAGCGCAAUCCAGACACUGCUACGGAAGGAAUGGCUCGACCAGAAGAUCUGCAAGCUAUCGAAGAUGGCACAAAGGGACUGCCACUACCAGAGCGACACUCCAAGCAAAUUUUGAGAACGGCUUAUUUUGAGAAUAAAUCUGGACACGGAGAGGUAUUUGCUAGUCGUCGCCAUCACAUCAUCAGCAAUGAGGAUGCGGUUGCUGCUGAGGACCUGAUGCAGAUAGUCAGAGAAGACUGCCAGAUUGAACGGAACUGCUACGUGUUUACACACAGGUUCCACCCUUCAACGGUCACAACGGAAGCAGAUCAGUUGUCAUCGGAGCAGUUGCGAGAAAGGGAGAUUUUGCAGACGACGUUUCCUCCUACCGAAAUGCUAGUGGGAACGAGUUCUGUCAAUCCAUCGAAGCGACCUCGGACUGAUUCCUUGUAUAGCCCUAUAAAGGAAAUACCGGUGGUGGAUAUGCUACCAAGUACCUUUGUGGAUGCCUUUUUGUCGAUCACACCUCCAAAAACAAAGGAAGUCGAUCCGGAUGCAUCUCUUUCUCCCGUUAGAGAAUCCGGUUUUCGAGACGCUCACAACGCUCUCAAUGACAAUUCAUUGCUUGCUGCUGCUCUGGAGCAAAGUCCAUAUAAAUUACCGGUAACAUUCCCUGUUUUGUAG